CGCAGUGAGUGUCGCCGCUUUGUUUCAAAGACGCCACCGUUCAUUUAAACUUUCUCUAGGUUUCCUUAAUCUGCAACAAUGAUGCUGGCAGUGAUGUUCGCGUUCACAUUGCCAGGCUAUCUAGAUUCGAUUCACGGGAUGUAUUCUUUUGAGCAACCUGAGCUUUAUCAGAAAAAAAGCAAUUGCAAACCAAUACCCGCAAGCCUUCAUUUGUGCCAUGAUAUUGAAUAUACGGAGAUGCGGCUGCCCAAUCUUCUCGGGCACGAAACCAUGAACGAAGUGUUGCAACAGGCUGCAUCUUGGAUCCCCUUGGUUCAAAAACAGUGUAACCCGGACACGAAGAAGUUUCUUUGCUCACUAUUUGCCCCGGUGUGCCUGGAUGAAUUGGACGAGCCGAUUCAACCUUGCAGGUCGUUAUGUGAGAACGUUAAAAUCGGAUGCGCGCCGGUGAUGGCUGCGUUUGGGUACCCGUGGCCGGAGAUGCUGGAAUGCGGUCGUUUCCCUCUGGACAACGAUCUGUGCAUACCACCCGCUGGGGUCGAUAACUUGGCACCAGUCACUAAAGAAGUGCCAAAGGUAUGUGAUGCCUGCAAAGAGAAGAUAGAGGAUGACAACGAAAUAGUUGACAGUUUUUGCAAAAAUGAUUUUGCUUUGAAGAUCAAGGUAAAGGAGAUCUCCUACAUGAAUGGCGACACGAAGAUCGUGCCAGAGAACAAGAGCAAAACCAUAUACAAGCUGAAUGGCGUCACCGAGCGGGACCUUCGCAAGACGGCACUGUGGCUUAAAGAUGGCCUGCAGUGUGUGUGCGAUGAGAUGAAUGACAUUGAUGCCGCGUACUUCGUGAUGGGCCAGAAACUGGAUGGCAACCUGGUGAUCACGUCGCUGAAACGCUGGCAGAAGGGUCAACGUGAGUUCAAGCGCAUCUCCCGCAGCAUCCGCAAGCUGCAGUGCUAAGGAGGAGGAGGAGGAGGAGGAGGAGGAAGAGGGCUCACUCAAAGGUCCAGUCAACUAUGCCUGAGACUCUCCAGAGCUGGUGUCACUGUCUCUGAAGUUAAACCCAAAAAACCUCAGUGCUUACAAUGUAUCACUACAGAGUCUAAGUAAUAGUGUGUGGGCCUAUUUUUUCCUCUGUUACAAAUUAAGGGUUAGGUAUGCACUACUAGUGAUUGUCCAAUGAAGAAUCCAUAAUUGAAAGGGUAAACCAAAUCUGGAUUUACUUUGUGUCCAGAGAACUGGCCCAUUACUUUCUAAAUAUGGUCCUCCUUUAAUACAAUAGAGUGCAGCUCAAGUGUCAGAUUUCUCCUUUCUCUGCUUCUUUAGCUAACAGCGUCUCUUUUGGAUACCUUUUGGAUACUGGUAUGCACAGACGCUCCUACUAUCAUACACAUUCUCCCCUAUUACACUUGAGAUUCUGUAUAGAAAUUAUGAAUAUUUACAGCCUUAUCUUCCCUGCUGAGAUCACAUCUCUCUAAAGAUAUUAUGUCCAAAAUAGGCCUUAAAGGGUGCAAAUGAAUGGCUUCUCUGGAUCCAGUACAUAAAUCAAAUGAAAUGUUUUAGAUGGUUGGUUGCCAAACCCCAUGGAUGAAUUAGACUGGGAAUGUGGUUGUAUAACAAGCAGCAAGAUACAGGUCAGUUGCAAAAUGUAAGUUGCAAAAUGUCUGUUUAUUAUGGGCACUGCCACCCAAGACCUAGAGUCCUUUUGUUGCACACUUGCAUUCCCAUAGGAAAGUUAUUACUGAUUAACACUACAGAUUGCUAUAUUUCAGUUAUGAAUGGUUUGCAUGGCUUUUUCUAACUGCAGUGGAGCAUUAAUGAGUGUUUUUGUGUGUCUAUUUUUUCUACAAAUACUUUUUAUCAGUGCAGUGAGAGAUAGCUGGCUAUAUUCUCAGUGUGUGAAGAAAGAUUAUCCUCUUUUAAACCAUUUGAGUGUGACUCUGAGCUUUUGGCCGAAAACUUUGCCCUUACCUUGACUAGAUCAAGACACUUAUAAUUCAGACCCAAAGUGCAUGAAUUUAACUGGUUUUCAGUGUUUUUACCUUCUCUGCUGAGCCUAUUUGUUGCACUGUUACCAUGUAAUGUCCUUUAAACCACAAUCAGUGAUUGUCUAAUAUAUGCUUUUUCCUGUCUUUGUCAGUUAUAACAGUAGUGUUACACAAUGCAGGUCUGUUUCUCAUUAUUGCCUACUUUCAUGGCUCUGUGCGGUGCUACCAUUCUUUGGCCCUGUGAACUCACUGCGUUGGAGUGUUCAUGUGACAUCAAAAGCUCACAAUCAUGGGCUUCUUUCUGGUGAGUCGUUAAAACAGCGCCAGCUCUAUUGACCGAGCAUUUUAUUGUGUCAAAGUUUGUUACAGCACUCACUUUCAUCAUCAAUUCCCAUUUUGUGACACUGUAAAUAGCCUGAUGUUUAUUCUUGUAUAUAGUUUUAGGGGCAACAAAUUAAAAGUCAGUCAAGAUUUUUGUGAAUCAAAAACAUUUUUAGCAUUCAUCACAAUAACAUUGUAUUGUUGAUCUUAUUAGGCUAUAGCACAAUUAAAAGAGUACUAGUACAUUUAUUUUCAUGCACUACUAUGUUAUGUAAUUUUAUAAUGCUUUAGUUUGUGUAGUUAUGCAAACUUUCACACACAAUUCAAUAAAUAAAUAAACAGAUUAAUGCAAAA